AUGGGGCAUCAUUCAUGUUGUAAUCAACAGAAGGUAAAGAGAGGGUUAUGGUCUCCUGAGGAAGAUGAGAAGCUUAAUCGAUAUAUUACUACUCAUGGCUAUGGUUGUUGGAGUGAAGUUCCUGACAAAGCUGGACUUCAAAGAUGUGGCAAGAGUUGUCGUUUAAGAUGGAUAAACUACUUGAGACCUGAUAUAAGGAGAGGAAGGUUCACUCCAGAAGAAGAAAAGCUGAUCAUCAGUCUUCAUGAAGUUGUAGGCAACAGGUGGGCACAUAUAGCAAGUCACUUGCCAGGAAGAACCGAUAAUGAGAUUAAGAACUACUGGAAUUCUUGGAUCAAGAAGAAAAUUCGAAAACCAUCUUCUUCCUCUAAUUCUCCUCCUUCAACCACAAACACAAUCGUUACUACAAACAAUAGCACAACCUCAACCCAAGUCCAAGCCCAAAUAUCCAAUAACCUCUCCAAUUAUCCUUUUAUGAUCCGGUUUGGGCCUGACCCAAUAUCUAUAUUGAAUCAAGAUGGAACUACAAAAGAGUCACCCAUUUCCAUACAAGAAAGUAAAAAUAACACAAUCCCAAUUCCUUCUUCUUGCCCUUUGUUCAUGUUUGACACAACCAUCCCAAUUAAUCCCAUUAAUGAAAACAUUGUGGGUCCAGGUAAUAAUUCCAUGGGCUUGAGUUCAUGUUAUCAACACCAAGAAAUUUGGAAUUCUUACAACAUGCCAAUGUUUACUACUAAUAGUAUCACUAAUAACAUGCCAAUUUUUACUAAUUGUACAACUAGUACUAUAAAUACAGUUAGUGGAAUGGAUUUGGCUAACAAUAACAACAAUAAUUAUCAUUUGCCAAGUUUAAUAGACAGUUUGGAGAAUAUAGUUCCCACUGAGGUAAAAUCAUGUACAAGUGAAAGCAUCGAUCAUCAUCAGGAUCAUCAUAUGGAGGUCUUGCCAAGACAAGAAGAUCAUCAUGAUCAUGAUCAUGAUGAUCAAAUGGUGGGUGUUAAUGGAUGGGGUAUGAUUGAAUCUCAAAGUUGUCCAAGUUUAUUAUUUUGGGAUAAUAUUGAAGGUUUAGCUCUCAAUAAUAUUAAUGAUGAAGUAGAACAUCAACUCGGACAGCCUUCCAGCACAGGAUCAUUGCUUUCUUCUUUCCCUUCAUCUUUAUGAGAGAACUUAUGCACAUUCAAAUACAUUUUUUUUUCAAGAUGUAAUAGAUUGCUUAAUUUGGUUUAGAGGGUUUUUUUAAUUUGGUUUUGGUUUUGGUUUUUAUUGUUUUAUUUAUACAUUGAUUGAGUUGUGAGUUGUGGGUUAGUGGGUUGUGAGUUGUGGGUUAGUGGGUUGUGAGUUGUGACUUGUGAAGUACUAACAUUGGAGUUUAAACGUAUUAUAAUUGAUGCUGUACGUGAUGUAAUCAUUAAGUACAUAAAACAUAAUCAUACAAUGUCAUUUUUUA